AUGGAGCACCAAAAGCCCUCCACGGCGUUGUUCGACGUCUUCCUACGCCUGCGACCAGGUCAGGCCGAACGCGAGCGAUUUCUCGAUGUCGAGGAGACUUCUCAAGAUGCGCCGACCCAUAUCACGAUCAAGCCACCAGCAAACGACAAGAGAAAGAGAGCAGUGGAAAGGUUCGCCUUUACAAGAGUGUUCGAGGAGAAUGCAGGACAGCGGGACAUCUUCGAGACGAGCGGUGCAGUCAGACUCCUCCAAGGCGUCCUUGGAGCACCUGGAAGAGAGGGAAGCGAUGGACUGCUGGCUACACUGGGUGUCACAGGCUCUGGAAAGAGUCACACAAUCCUUGGCUCCAAGACUCAACGCGGCCUGACCCAGUUGACACUCGAUACGCUCUUUCAACAUACCGAGCCUCACCUCGCCAACGUCGACUCGAGUGAAGCCGUCUUCUCGUCUCUUUGCGCAUCAGAUGUCGCUGAGUCGCAGAUCUACACGGCUUCAAACUUCCUGGACAAUCUCUACGGCAAUGUGGAUACCACACGCAUGUCCAGAGCUACAACUCCAGCAAUGGUACGAGAGACACCGACGGACAUUCCUGGUGCUUUUCCUUCAAAUGCGUCAGCAGAGCCUACCUCAAUCUCUGUCUAUGACCGCCUCUACCCACCUCUGCCGCAAUAUGAUGCAGAUACAACCCCUUCCCACAAUCACCUCACUUAUUCCCCCUCAAAGUCAUCACUCAACCCCCUUGCACGUUUCGCACAUAUGACUCGCAGCAUCGCCAAACUCACACAUCCCGCACAUCAGGAAUCGUCGUUCCUUUCAGCCCCUGCAUCUUCGAAGCGAUACAUGCCCCGAGUGUCUACCUUUCCGCAGUCCCCUUCUAUCGAUGACAUUGCGAUUCCCACCGACUCAAACGCCGAAUACGCUAUUGUUGUCAGCAUGUACGAAGUCUACAACGACCGAAUCUUCGAUUUGCUGACCGCGAGCGUAACUUCGGGGAAGAAUCCUCAGAAGAGACGGGCUUUGCUGUUCAAGAGCACGGAGGCCAGUCCUGACCGAAAGGUGGUAGCUGGCUUGAGGAAGGUUGUUUGUUCGAGUUUGGAGGAGGCUCUUUUGGUGCUGGAGACUGGGCUUCAAGAGCGAAGAGUUGCUGGGACUGGCAGCAACGCGGUGAGUUCAAGAAGUCAUGGCUUCUUCUGCUUGCAUGUCAAGAAGAGGCAUAAGGGUAGAGGAGUUCCUGGACCUUGGACCAGCAGCACCAUGACGAUUGUUGACCUUGCUGGUUCUGAGCGUGCACGAGCAGCUAAGACUGCAGGCUCAACACUUGCAGAAGCCGGCAAGAUCAACGAAUCCCUCAUGUACCUUGGCCAGUGCAUGCAAAUGCAAUCCGACAACGCACAUUCGACGACACCAAACCUCGUACCCUUCCGCCAAUGCAAGCUCACAGAACUGCUCUUCAGUAACAGCUUCACCAACCAUCACCAACAAAAGCCACCGCAGAAGGCCGUGAUGAUCGUCACAGCAGACCCGUUGGGUGACUUUAACGCCACGAGCCAGAUUCUCCGUUACAGCGCCUUGGCCAGAGAAGUCACAGUACCACGCAUCCCAAGUGUGACCAGCACCAUACUUUCAGGCGCAUUGGCUGGCAAUAAGUCCGCCAACCCAAUGAGCCGGCCGGCAACACCAAGUGCAGUCGUCGAGGAACUCGAAAACGCUCUCGCCGAAGUCGCUCGCCUUCGCGAAGAACUCGAAAUCACACAAGUGCGCCUGGAAGAAGAGACUCAACGCCGUAUCGAUGCAGAAGCCUCUUGGACGACCGCCGAGAUGCGUAUCGACGAAGUCGAAGCCGAGAUCCGGGACGAAGUCUUCAACGAGAUGGAAGCCAGGCUCGAGCAAGAACAGCGACGAUGGCGAGCCGCGAGAGACGAGGAGCUGGACCGUCAAGAUGAACAUCUCGAUCGCAAGCUAGAAAUCAUGGCUCGUGGUAUCGAGAUCUACGAGGACGGCGAUGAAGACAAGGAGAACGUCAAUGUUGAGGCCUUGAGCGAUGGCGUGAGCAAGCUGGGAUUGAGAAAUUCGCGAUUAGAGGAGCUGGAGGAUGAGAAUGCGCAGUUGAGGGAGAAGCUGGCGAAUGUGGAACGGGAAAAGGGGCUAAGGAGUCCGAGCAAGAAGAUGAGGGUGUUGAAGACGAGGAAGUGGGAUGGCUCUGGGAUGGGCUUGGAUGAUGGUCUUUGA